AUGUCUACUGAUUCUCAAACGUUACCUUGUCCACGUCCGUUAGCUAAUAUUCGCAUUGAACAAGGUUAUCAUUUGGAUCAAUUACGAUCAAAAUUAACUGGUCUUGAUAUGCGUGAUUUAGUUCCACAGUUGGUUGCACGGCAAGUUUUACGCUCACAAGAAAUGAGCGCAGUUUAUUCUGAGGAAAAACAUGAAGAUCAAGUUGAUAAGCUAAUUGAAAUAUUGAAAACGAAGAAUCAUUGGCUUGGACCACUGAUUGAUGCAUUGAUAAGAAAUGGACAAGCUACAUUAGCAAAGGAAUUAUUGGCAACAAAUCGUGCAAAUAUUAAUUGA